AAUCAUGCAAAAGUACAAUGUCUGUGAACCCAAAACUUAACCGGUUAACCCGGUCAACCAGGUUAAAACUGGUUAACCUUUUGUUUUGUUUUAUUAACAGUUAGUUAAUAUCACAAUUUUAAUAAUGAUAUUAAUAAUACAAUUUAUCAGCUGCCCAAUGACAAAACAAAUCAACCAACGCCAUUUACUCCUCUUUCCCUUUUUUUCAUAUGUAUACACAAUGAGACAGUUUGCUUAAAUUGUUUUCAAUUCAUCUCCAAACAACUGUGCUAUUUCAUCUUUCUCACUCUUACCAUCAUCACAUCAUCUUCAUCCUUCUUAUCAUCUUUGUCAUCCUCAUCAGCAUCUACAGCAAUAUAUCCAUGUAACUCCUUUGGCCUGGGCAUUUUACUGUGUUUCUGUCUUAUUUGUCUCUUCUGUCUUCUUCCGUUUAUAUUUCUCUCUCUUUUUUUUAUCAGCCCCAUCUUCCUCUUUUCCUCUCUCUCUCUCUUUCUAUCUUCAUUGCCAUUCGUUUAAGCACGAUGAAUACUGUUAACUGCGUGUGUUUACAGCAUCUGCUUUCCAGUUUGGAAAAAUAUGUUAUCCAGUCAGCAACCUGGUAAAAGGAUGAAGCGGUCCUAUGGAGAGGACAUUUCCAGGGAUAUGGAAGAAGAAUGGAAAAAUAUUUAUACGAUGCUUAAUUGUAUUAUGGGAAUGGUUGAGAAAACAAAACGAGCUUUGGCUAUUCUUCAACAUCGAAGCUUUGAGUAUGCAUCAAUAAACUCUCUUCCCAUUUGGACGCCUCCUGGAACAACGCUUCGUAAUCGACUCAAUGUUCCUCCACCACCAUUGGAUCCUUCAUCACACUCUGGCCUCGAUGUACAUGAGCUUAGAAUAUCCCGUGAACCUUUACUAACCACAAUACACUUCGCUAAGUCACCAAACCACCCAUCAGAAGUUGAUAGAGCGAUGGCUUCAGCGGCAGCCCAAGCCGCUGCAGAUUCAGCAAGAAGAACAAGAUUAACGGGUAACAAUCAUUUCGAAGUUGUUAAUGACGCUAAAAGACAGGCAGUUGUUGAACUUCAUAAAGCUAUGACAGCAGCAGAAAGUAAAGCAAGUGAAAUAGUUAAUGCUGAGCGAGCCAAAAUGGAAAGAAUGUUAAGCGAAGCGCGACGUCAAGCUGCUGAAGAUGCGAUAGCUGUUAUGAAUCAUCAAGAGGAUUCUGAUGAAAAUUGUUGGAAUUGCGGGAGAAAAGCAAGUGAAACUUGCAGUGGAUGUAACAUUGCCAGGUAUUGUGGGUCUUUUUGUCAGCAUAAGGAUUGGGAAGGUCAUCAUAAAGUUUGUGGAUCAUCAAGUCACCGUGAAUCUGGAUCAAUAAUGAAUGGUCACCAUGUAAAUGUAACAAGUUCUCGAAGUGAGGCCAAUAGUUCGCCCUCAGCAUCACUGCCUACAACAACCAUGGACUUGAAAAAGUCAAAAGAAUCAAAUAAUUUAAGUUCAAACGAUUCAAACUCAAACGGAUCAAGAUCUAGUCCCAUUGGAAACGGAGUAUCAGUCAUAAAUGGAGAUGUUUGUGAACUAUCCGAGUGAUUUAAAACUGUUUAGGCUCAAAAAAUUAUAUCAAUUUAUUAAAUUAUUGUUGGAAGGAAAAGAAUUCUGAGGAGGAAGAGGAAAACAAAGAAAUGUUGAAAAACCGAUCGAUUGAUGGACAUGUUACGCUAAACCAGAUAUGGGACAUCAUUAUAUAUUUAAAUAUAUAAUUUAAGCUGAAAAUUCAACAACAUUGAGAGUUAACAUCAUAAUUUAAAUCAACAACUAGUCAAUGGUUAUGAGACAAAACGACGAUGGGCUUUAAGCAACCCUUGAAUUAUUGUGGAGAUGAUAAACUCUAAACUUUACCUCAAAUUGAAUGCUCAUCGUAUCGAUGAAACUUCAAAAUAUCAUAUUUUUCGUUCAUCUUUGAUUUAUCUCUUCAUCAUUAUUUCUUUCCUUUUCAUUGUUCACUUUCUCAUUCUAUUUCACCAAUAUGUUUUCAUCAUUCUGAUCUACAUCCUCGUUUUUCAUCGUUGAUCAUCUGGACGAAUGAAGAUAUAUAACCAGUCUACAUCAUCUUUUUUUUACCUCAUCGCACAAUCAAACAGACAAUUUGAUUCACAUUGGUUGACUUUGAUUGUUUUACUCACUUUAUUGUCUCACUUUCCUCACAAGCCAUCAGGAUUCAAUCUUUCAAGCAAACAAGAAACACUUUCAAUUCAUCUGAUUGUCAACGAUGAAAAUAUCAAGUCAGAAUAAUAUAACACCAUCGAUUUCAAAAUCAUGUUAUUCUUUGUUUGGUUCAAACAACAACAAAAAUAGCUACUAUGCUGCUGAUCAUGUGAUCUCAACCUUUUCUCCUAUCUUUCUUUUGUAUUUUUCAUUUCUUCAAUUCUCAUGAAUGUUAAAUUUGUUCUAAAUUAGAUUGUAAUCAGAGUAAUCUUCUGUAUCAAGUGAUAAUUGUAAUUUGACCAAAAAAUGAGAGAUAAUCCUGAACAAUCUCACUUGUAAAACCUUUAUUGGAAACAAAAUGAAUACCUUUCCCUAAUUUUCAGGCUAGUCAGCUAUUGUUUCAAAUUAUAUCUUAGUAGAUAAACUAAUUAUUAAAAUUAAAAUUGCCAGUUCAAUUAA